AAGCCCAAGAGUUGGUCCAAAUCCAAAUUCAGUAAAGGAGUAACAUUUUCCGCAGAUCAAUUAAUAACGACCAAGAACCAGCGUUGAACUAGAGUCAAACCACCAUUACUGACGGCGGGUGCCACCCAAUGAUGGCCAGUCUCAUCGGUGUAGCAGCGUCUUCUCCUUUUCCCACCCAAACCUCUCAUCUCUUCCCAUCUCGCUCUAAUUCCAUACCUUCUUCUCUCAUUCAACUCAAGAGAGAUUCGGGUUCGGGUCGGCGAUUGUUGUUUCUCCGACUGAACUGCUCAUCAAGACAGGUCGAAGAUGCUGAGACAGAAUCAGAAUCUAAGGCGGUAUUGCCAAAUACUACUUUUGGUGAUUCAAGCAUUUCAGCAUACAAUUGGUGUGCAGCACUUGGAGGGGUUGGGUUUCUUGAAACUUCUUACUUGACUUAUCUCAAGCUCACUAACUCCGAAGCAUUUUGUCCUGUUGGUGAUGGGGGCAGUUGCGGUGACAUCCUUAAUAGCAGCUACUCAACUGUGUUUGGUGUUCCUCUUCCAUUGAUUGGUAUGCUUGCUUAUGGAGUAGUUGCGGUACUUGGGAUACAAUUGGGCCAGAAAAGCAUGCCUCUUGGAAUUGGUGAAGCUAAUGGGCGUUUGGUUUUACUUGGAACAAGUACUUCCAUGGCAGCUGCUAGUGCAUACUUCUUGUACAUCCUAAGCACAAAAUUCACUGGGGAAUUUUGUCCGUACUGUUUAGCUUCUGUCCUGUUGUCGUUUGGUUUGUUCAUCAGCAGUAUAAAGGGUUUGGGGUCUCAAGAGGUGCAAAAAGAUGUGGGUAUACAGUUGCUUAUAGUUCUCUUGGUGGUUUCCACCCUAAACAACUCAUUCAGUGGCUCUCAGCCUACAGAUACCAGUUCUGCUAUGGCUGAGCUGGAAUAUUUUACAACGGAGAUCAAAUCGGAAUCGACACCUUUUGCUAUUUCCCUAGCAAAGCACCUGCGUUCAGUUGGAGCAAAGAUGUAUGGGGCUUUCUGGUGUUCUCACUGCCAGGAUCAAAAGCAGAUGUUUGGACGAGAAGCAGCAAAGCUACUAGACUAUGUGGAAUGCUAUCCUGAUGGAUUCAAGAGAGGAAUUUAUAUGGCCAAUGCAUGUCAAGAAGCCAAACUCGAAGCGUUCCCUACAUGGGUUAUCAAUGGGGAGGUUCUGAGCGGAGAGAAGAAGCUUUCGGAGCUGGCUGAACUGUCUGGUUUCGAAAUGAAAGAACUCACCGAGGCUAAAUGAGCUUCCUUCAACAAUACAGUAGCAUAUUCUUAUAAUUAUAAUAUCAACCUUUUAUGUAGUCACCUUAUUAUUGCCCUCUGGUAUUUAUUUUGUUUCAUAAUGUAAUUAUCUUUCUAUGUUAGAAAACUGAAUAGAUAGUACGAUAAAGCGAAGGAUCCCGAGUGGAUAGUUUUCUGAGUAUAUAUAUCAAGCAAAUCCUAUUAACCGCAA